CGACAAAGACGUGAUCGCGUGUCACGUCAUUGAAGGUGGGAAAAGUCCAAUUGUGAGAGAUAAGAAUUCUAAAUGGUAUAUACCGCCAGAGGUGUUUACAAAUCGUACACACUUGCCACAAUUUUGCUCUGGUUAUAUGGUGAUAAUGACGUCUAAAGUAGUGUGUGACCUACUUGAAAAAGCUAAAGUUACUCCGUUGAUAAAUGUAGACGAUGUGUACAUGUUCGGACAGUUGACACAGGAAUUACCAAAACUUAACUUUAUCAACAUCAAAGACAAUCUUACGUUGUUUCAAGCUAAUGGACUAGAUUCAUACAGGAACGGAAAAAGUAACUUGAUAGCAAUUAGUGUUGGCUUUCCGUCUGCUAUGGAAGAGUUAUGGUCACUUACAUUGAUUGAUUCAUAUGCAUUGAAACAACAGCAUUUGCCAAUGGACCUUUGAUUUAAGAUGUCAGCCAGAUCUGCACGAAUAACGGCUUACCGUUUGUUUUUCAACAUCUUCCGUGGAGAAGUGAACUGUAUCUCAGCAACAUGUUUUCUAGUCGUAGUGUUCGUUUUUCUCUCCAUGGUGUUGAAUAUGAAACGUGCACCAACAGUGAUGACGUCAUUGGAACAUGCUAAGUUAAACUGGAAAGAACUAGAUCGCGAGUCCGAAAAUACCAUACUGAUUGAGCACGAGGACGGCAAUGUAUAUAUAGCUUUUAAAAUGAAACAGUCUGCAAAACUUGUGAAAGAUUUGAAAAUUGGAAAAAGGGAACUUUAAUG